AUGUUCUUCUCUCACGCUUCCGUGCUUCCUGCUUUGCUUCUCGCUGUGCUUCCUGCUCUCGCGGUGCCAGCCUCGGCUGUUUCCGAUGUGCCCUCUGCAACCCUUGGCUCUACCAAUGCAGUGACUGCUGGGGGCCCUGGGAGUAGCUCAUCCGUGGCAUCCACUCCUCAAGUCACUCCUGCUUUCUGGGUCGACAUCGAAGAGUUUGCAAAGCUUCACUCGGAUGACAAGAACGAAGGCUCUGGCGAUGGCCAAAAGCGGCCCUACGGCAUCACUGGACCCAAUGCUGUCAAGUUCAAGUUCAACGGGGAUGUCUACAAGGAGGAGACCUUCAAGAUCAGCUACUACAAGUCCUCUUCCUGGGCCAUGCCGUCGGGCACUUACAAUCCCGAGGCGUGGACGACCGCCAGCGGGACUCCCACCAAGGUCAUUGAGUGUGUCGCCACCGCUAACGCUAGCUUGACCGAGAACGCUUGGUUGGUUCCAACUCCUGACAUUUCGACCACUACAGGUGGUGUGGGCAUCAAGUGCACUGAUUCCGCCUGA